AUGUUGACAGAUGAUUCUCGUAAGAAGAAAGAGGAGAAGGCUUCUGCCCACUAUAAUCCAUAUAUCUGCAAAUUGAUGGCAGAUGACCUUUUCUUCAAGAGAUUCGAAUUCAUGAGGUUCUACCCUCAUUACAACCCAGACACACCUACAGUGAACGACGCCGACAAGAUAAAGCUCAUCACUUCUUAUGAAAGGCUAGAUGGACCAAACGAGGCGCCACUUCCUCCACCUUAUACUGACCUUGAUGUGAUUUUUGGAAAAUGCAACUAA